AUGUCCUCCCCGCAACAAUCCCCGCGGCAUUCGCGCCACGACUCGCUCGAUUCCUACUCGCCGCAGCUCCAAUACCAAUACCAAUUCCCACAAGAACGCCGCCAGUCCAAGGCCUCGGCCUCGUCCUUUGGCGGCGAGCCCAGCAGCUCGCUACGCAACAGCUACGCUGCCUCUGACGCUCUCGAAAGCAGCGGCGGCAUCGGCGACGGAGGAGGGGGUGGUGGUGGUAGUGGUAUAGGGGGAGACGGCGGGCUGGGAAAUCUGGCUGACGAGUUGGCGGGCGCGUUCGAUGACGACUAUGAGGAAGGGUAUGACGACAACUACGAGGAGGGAGAGGGGGAGUAUGCGGACGAAGAUGGGCCCUCGGUUCGGGUUGACGGUCUAGGAAUGCGGGAGGAAAGCGGGGCGGAUGGCCGGGAAGGAAGAGAAAGUGGCGAUGGUGGGCGGGCGCCGGACGGGGCCGGGAAUGGUGAAGCCAAGAGGGGGAGUUUGGGGGUGCCGGUGCAGGGGAAUGGAAGGGGAGGAGGGCAUCACCGCCGCGCACCGAGUGAAUACGACGGGAGCGAGUACGGGAGCGAGUCAGAUCUGGAAUCGCCUGGUAUGCCGCCAAGAUUGGUUGAUAAGAUGGAUGAGGUGGAAUCCCUGGCCCGAAGGGGUGCUGAAAAGAACGGCUCAGCCUCAGACGGGGCCUUUGCGAGAGUCACCGAGGGGUUGAGGGAUCUGGGGUCACAAUCUGGUGUUGAGGGCGGCGCUACAAGACUAAUAACCGCCCACUCGGCCCUGACCACCCACCUGACGCACCAGACACGGCAGCUGCACAACCUCACCUUCCCGCUCCUCUCGCCCCUGGUCGCGCCGCCAGACCCGGAGACCAUCGACGCGCUCCUGCCCAUGCUCGUGUCGCUGUCGGACUGCAUGCCGCGCCCCUCGACGAGUGCGUUCCAGUCGCUGGCCUCGCUGCACUCCAUCACGGCCGACCUGGUCCAGACGCUCAACUACCUCUCGGACACGCUGCACAUGUCGCGCCAGACCACCACCACGGCUACGCGCCGCCUCAAGAGCGCCCGCGACCUCGUCGCCGAGAUGCGCCGCGACGAGGAGCUCCGCGAGCAAGGGGAGCGCUGGCUGGCCAGGGGCAACUGGGGCGAGCGCCUGCAGAAGCGCGAGUGCGCCCACGUCUGCGGCGAGGUCGUCGGCGGCUUCGAGGAGGUCUGCAAUAGCUGGCGGAAGAGGCUACUUGCUCUUGCAGAGUCAUCACAGGCUUGA